GGUGGGCAGCUUUUCCGUGGAGCCACUUCACUGAUAAGGUUCCGGGCCUGGGGUGCUCCAUCUUUCCGCUGUUGCACCGCCUGAGCCGUUUAAACAUGGAAGGCGAGAGUACGUCGGCGGUACUCUCCGGCUUUGUGCUCGGCGCGCUGUCCUUCCAACACCUCAAUACGGACUCUGACUCGGAAGGUUUUCUCCUUGGGGAAGUGAAAGGUGAAGCCAAGAAUAGCAUUACUGAUUCCCAAAUGGAUGAUGUUGAAGUUAUUUAUACAAUAGACAUUCAGAAAUAUAUUCCGUGUUAUCAGCUUUUUAGCUUUUACAAUUCCUCUGGUGAAUUAAAUGAGCAAGCACUGAAGAGAAUACUAUCAAGCGUCAAAAAGGAUGUGGUGGGUUGGUAUAAAUUUCGACGCCAUUCAGACCAGAUCAUGACAUUUAGAGAGAGACUACUUCACAAAAACUUACAGAAGCAUCUUUCAAGCGGGGAACUUGUUUUUCUGCUAUUAACACCAAGUGUAAUAACAGAAAGCUGCUCUACUCAUCGACUGGAGCAUGCCUUAUAUAAACCUCAGAAAGGACUUUUUCAUAGGAUACCUUUAGUGGUGGCCAACCUGGGCAUGUCUGAACAACUAGGUUAUAAAACUAUAUCGGGUUCCUGUAUGUCCACUGGUUUUAGCCGAGCAGUAAAAACACACAGCCCUGAAUUUUUUAAAGAAGAUGGAUCUUUAAAAGAAGUACACAAGAUAAAUGAAAUGUAUGCUACUUUACAAGAGGAACUAAAGAGGAUAUGUAAAAAAGUAGAACACAGUGAGGAAGCAGUAGAUAAACUACUAAAGGACGUAAACAGAUUAAAACGAGAAAUUAAAAAAAGGAAACAAGCACAGAUUGAAGCAGCACGAGAGAAGAACGUUCAAAAAGACCCUCAGGAGAACAUUUUUCUUUGUCAAGCUUUACGGACCUUUUUUCCAGAUUGUGAAUUUCUUCAUUCAUGUGUUAUCUCCUUGAAAAAUAGGCAUAUUUCAGAAAGUAGCUGUAAUACCAAUCAUCAACUCAGUGUGGUAGACAACCUGACCCUAAUGGUAAAAUACACCGACAUUCCUGAAGCUAGCCCAGCUAGUAGUGCACAGCAAAUGUUGAAGCGCAAAGCUUUAGAAACAAAUGACAGAUGGCAAUUCAAGAAGUCACGGCUGUUAGAGAUACAAAACAAACCAUCUAAAACAGAUACUGAUAGUAGUAACCAAGAAAAAGCAUCCACAAGCAGCCCAGAAACAGAUGAGGAGAUUGAGAAAAUGAAGGAUUCCGAUGACUAUCCACAGUCUCCUACAUUUUGACCCUUUUAUGCCAAAAUAUUUUGAUUGGCUGAAGGGUAAAACCAAAUAUUUCUAUUGUUUUUGCUAUGUACAGCUGUUUGCACUCAUACAUAAAUUUCUAGUACAUUUAUUUUAUAAAGUAUUUUUAAAACCAAAACCUUUUUUGUCCCUUUUACUAAACUAUUGAAGGAAAGUUUAGAUAGUCUUUUAAACUUGUACAGCAUUCUUUAGAAUUGGGAAAGUUAAUAUGAAUAUUUACUUUAUUUUUUCUAAGUCAUUGCAAUUCCAACUCAUUAUGAUAAAUAGUACAUUUUGAUCAGGGUUGCCAGAUAAAAUUCUGGACACCAUACAAUGCUAGGGACAUACUUAUAGUUAAAAAUUGUUCAUUGUUUAUCUGAAAUUCAAAUUUAAUUAUAUGUCCCACAGUUUUACUUGCUAAAUCUGGCAGUUCUAAUUAUGCCACGACUAUAAUACAGCACAAAUAGUUUGGAUUCUAUAAAGUGAAGUACAAAAUGGUACUAUGUUUUUUACAUUUCACAGCAGCCUCUCAUUUCCAAUCUUACUCAGUUGUCCUAACCACACCUAAUUUGACAACUAUUUUUAAAAACUAUUUUUGUUGUCCUUCCAAAGCAUUUACUUAGUUUUUAUUGCAACAGUAACUUUCUUUUUAAUGCUCAUUUUCAUUAAUACAAUAAUAUAACUAAACACAUAUGGGAACAAAAUAGCUGUUGCUUGGAGGUGCAGACUCAACAGGUAGGCAAGUCUUGGACUUCAGCAUGAGUUUUAGGAAGAAUGUUUAAUGUAGUUUAACCCAGUUUAAUGAGGUGGUUAAGUGAAGCUUGCAUAAGAGCUCUUUGUGUUUUUGUGUAUUUAUCUUUUUCAUAAUUGUGAAGAAUUUUCACAUGAAGCCUCCACUUUUCACUCACUGGAUGAAAUGCUGAACAUACACUUUACUGCUUUUCCAUCUGUUACUUCCUAAUAGAGCAAAUCUGUAGCUAGUAUAAAAAAGUAUCAUCUUUUAUCUAUGUUAACAUGCAUUAGUUACCACAUGGUGCUUAAGAAGCCCACGUAAUAUCAGGGACAAUUUUACAAACAGUGAGUUUCUUCUGGAAUUGUCUGGCUUCAUAAGAAGCAGUUAUGUUGGUGGGGGGCAGGAGGGGAGAUAGGUUGUUAGUAUGAAUCACCCUAUUAAAAAGUAACUGCAAACAUCACCAGAGCAUAUAAAACAUAAUGACUAAAUGUAACCAACAAAUGAACAAACCUGGGCAUAUGGGCUAGAUUAGGAACGUUAGAGGCAACAGAUAGGCAACAUACAUGUAAAUGUCUUCUCUAGAUAAUAGCUUGAGAUUUCUCAACAAUCCUACAUGUUUACUCAGAAGUCUAAAUGUGCCCUCAUGGAAAGUUUGAUUUGCUAAAAUGCCAUAACAAAAGCAUUUAGCUCCUAUUGUUGCACAAUAAUACAUCUCUUUUGAAGAAAGCAAUAAUGAACUUUCAGUUAAAGGAGCUUGCUCAGGUAAUUACACAGCUGAACUUCCACAAUUGAGUUUGAUGACCCAACAUUUAGGGUAUUGAAUGAAAAGGAGGAAGAGUCCUUACAGGAAGGACUCCAGUUUUUCUCCAUCUUUUGGCAAUGACAUAAUAGAUUGCCUAUUGAUCAGUUUAUUUACACGACUCUACCACUUUCAGGAUAGACUAGACCAGGAAAAAAUGUUAGGUCCUGUAAUACCACCACUAUCUAGCCAAUGUAACACCUUUACAAAGGGGAGAUGCACUGCACUACAUAGGUAUACCUGUAUUGGCUAGUUACAAAAUCUCCGUGAGCGAUUUCAGGUCCACACCCUGUCACAUUGGAAUUGUACAUUAUACAAGCAUUCAACUUUCCUGUACCCAAAUCCCUAAAAUCCCACUUAUAAGACAGAACCUGUACCUAAAGUAAAAUUCCAAUACUAGCCAUCCCUUCCACAUUUAACAUCCCAUUAUCAGCAGUCUAUUAUUUAUAGGCUAUUUGUAGACCAGAUAUAAGUGACAGUGCUACAGUACCAAUGUUUUUAUUCAUGUGUAUGUAAAUGUAAUCAUUACUAACACCUCAAAUAACCUUUAAUGAAGAUUCAUUGGUGUGGAUAGGAAGUACUUCUUUACUCCUAAAUACUUUUUCCUUGUAAGAUUUCAUUAAGAGCUAAAGACAAUACAGUUUGAUAAAAUUUAGUGUACUAAUUUUCUAAAGGUUAUUAAAUCUUAUAGUUUGAGUCAACAACCAUUUAUUUUAAAAUAACUUUAUUGAUGAUAACAUUAUGUAAUUUACUCCCGAUAUUUGAUGUUACAAACUUUAGGGUCUUUGAGGUACACAGGAUCCUUGUAUGUAACUGGCAUAAACCCUGUAAAGAGAUAAUUAAAGUUCUUUACCAAAGAAAACAGACAAAAUUUUGAUUAGCUCAAAUUAUUUUUUCAGAUGCUCUUACCCAUUAUUUGCGCUCUCUUAAUCGCCUUUGUGAUUUCUUUUUGUUUCUUCCCACAAAGACCUAUAAAAUAAAAUGCUUUCUUAUUCAUACAGAAAUGCCAAUAUUCAAAAUGUGUAACAAUUGUCUAAGUAAAAGAAGAGUUGGGAAACCUGUAAAGAGCCGGAGAAUAUUUUUAGCUUUGUGUGCAAUAUAGUCUCUAUCAUAACUUCUCUAUCCUUUUAUUGCACACCGCAGCCAGCUAUGGAUGCCAUGGAAACUGAGCUACUUGCAAAAAUAAGUGGCAGAUCCAAUGCAGCCUAUGGUAAAUAGGCCCCUGUUUAAAAUAACAGUCUAGGAGUAAUUAUAGUAUCCACCAAAUACCAACACAACUUUUUAAGCCCAGGUUUUCUACACGUCAGCUUAUAAUACCUGCGAUAAGAAGGCAUGUAAAAUAAUACCCCUUUUGGACUAAGAUGCUUUCUUAAAUAGUAACCAUUCUAAUAGUGAUUUAUAGCACUAUUUGAAAAUUUGCCAGUUUUCUUUUUUUUAUCAACUCUCCUUAGGGCUAUCUGUACAUUUAAUGUGAUUUCAAAAAAAGAUUGACUGGCUUUUUCUCCACCUCAAAAUUGUAAAUGCCAAUUCUCAACUUUAUAUAUAAUAAUAAGCAAGAAUGGCCAGGAAAACUCUGAAAAAGAAUGAGUGGAUAUUAAAAAUAGAAAAUAUUUUUAUUAACAGUAAGAUGGCUUUUAUAAACAAUAAUAUUCAAGGAAGUCAUUAAGUAAGUAGAACACAAAAUCUAUGCCAAGAAAUAAUUUGUCACCAAUUACAUCACACAAAACUAAAAAGAAAAGUCACCCUAGUGAAGAAAAGCAAGGGCACAGGUACUGACUUGUCUAUGCUGAGAGGGGGGAAUACCUCUGUGGGCCCUAUGGG